CCAAUGGAGUAAAGACGUUUGUUGUGAGGUUUAUUUCCUAUUAUUUCGCCUUCCGUCGUUAAUUCCGUGUAAUGUAAUAAACUAGUUAGAAAAAAAUCUUUUUACCUCACAAUUAGAUAGUGGUUGUGGAUUUUCUUUUUUAGAGUUUAGAUGUAGAAAUAUUAGGAUGUUUCUUAAAAAUAUAUUGGUACCUCUUUUAUAUUUUGGAGUAGAAGUUUCACGGGUUUUUGGCGAGGAAGUGGAAAUUCGGCAAGUGGCCGCAGACAAGGGAACCAAUGUAACUAUACCUUGUGGUGGUCUUCUGGUUGUACCACCUACCAACGUCCUCUGGGUCCACAGAGGCAACCGCACACACCAUGAGGUUCUGAAGGACGGCAGCCUGUUCCUGAAGCAGGUGGCGGUGGAAGAUGAGGGUCUAUACGAGUGUGGUGUGGAGAACGAGACAGCGUACUCAGACAGGGUCAACUUCACAGUGAGAACGGAACCUCCUCCGUUGGUAAACGUGACGGUGCACGCAUCCACCAUCCUGGCCAUUAUAUUGUGGAACGUGGCGGGAGACGGAGGGCACCCCAUAGUCGACUUCACCGCUCAGUACCGCUCCGCAGCACCCGUCAACGACUCGCUGGAGCCCUGGCGCCCUAUCAGCCCCAACCACAUCAGCCCUAACUCGCGACAAAUCGAUGUCUACCACCUCGACCCGAACGCUUCCUACUGGUUCAGGGUGUGGGCCAACAACGUGCUAGGCCCCGGACCUCCAGUCGAGGUUCUGGCCACAACGCUGUACAGCGAUCAGGAAGCUGAGCUAUAUAAACACUUCCUGGAGGGCGCGGAGACAUUCGACACCCGUACGUGGGUGGCGGCGGUGUGUGUGGUGAUGGGCACGCUGUUUGUGCUGGCGGCCGGUACCUGUGCGGUUCUGUGCCGUGAGUGGCGCCGCUCAGAUUACAAUGAAGACCAAGACGUCAUAGAGUUGGUACCUAAUAUCAUUUUGAAUCCCGGUUUUAUGGAAUCGGACCCUGUACGAUCCCGGGAACCUUACGCAGCUUCCAUUAUCAAGUCGACGGAGUGUCCGGGCCCGGGGAAGCCUAGGCGUGUCUGAUUUUCGUCUAUACUAAACCUUAGAAUAUUCUACAUCACUGAUUCAAAUCUAUUGUCAUGAUCCUAAGAGAUUGAUAUGGGUGCAGGGAAUAUUAUAAGUAGACGUCGCGUCGGCGUGCAACGUGAAGUGACCACACAAUCGUAUGGUAUCAAGUCUGUUAGUGCAAAGGACAUAUCAACGUACGUUAUCAAUAUUUUGUAAUGAUGAAUCACAGUGAUAGAAUAUUCUAAAGUUUUCGAUUCAUUGAAUUGAACAAAUUGUGACAUAUUUUUCAAAAUUUCGAAUAUAAUUAAUUAAUGUCAAAAUUUUGAAAAAUAAAAAUAUUUUUAGAUAGCUCUAACUAUUGAGAGAGAUCAAUAAAAUUUUAAGCGUUAAAGGUAUUAGGGUUGCCAUUAAGUAAAAAUAAGGUUUUAUAGUUCUCGCACGGUAAGUUACACGGUUAUUUUUCAAAAUAUGUGCUUUUUUAUAUUUAUAAAAAUGUUUACAAAAAGGUAGUGUAGUGCUGUAUUUAAUAUAUUAUACUGGCUACAUUUAUGUUAACAAUGGCAACACUAGUAUUUAUGUAAUUUUGAAUAAUAUUUGCUUACCGUUAGUAAUAAAUUGUUAAAGUUGCUAGCUGUAAUAAAUAGUGACUUAGUUAUUUAUUUUUGCAACAUUGUAUAUUUAUAAUAUUUUUCUAUGAAAAGGAUCUCAUAUUAUGCUUAAGGCUAACAUUAAACGAGACAUUCUUUUAUUUUAUUUCGUAAUGUGAUUUAAUACUGUGAUUAUUUUUCUUCGACACUAUUUAUAUAUUUAAUUUCACGCUAUUUAUGUAAAAAAAAUAUAUUAAUGUUCUACGAGGUAAGCUUAAAUUUAGUUUGAUUGAGACUGUUUUGUAGACAUCUUGUAACUUUUAGUGUUUAGGAGAUCGACUUUAAUAUACACACACACAUAGAUAGUAUAUAGGCGCUAGCGUCCGUCAGCCGUGUGUGCUAGCUGAGAAGCACAGCUUACGUAAGCAAUCGCAAUUACCAGAUGACAAUAUGGUAGUGUAUAGAUAUAGUUUUUAAAUUUAGUGACCAGAAGGCAAUGGGGUUAAAGUGUGUAUGUUAUGACUUAAAUAUUUAUGUUGCUCCAUCAUGAGCGUGUAAUUAAUAUGUACAGCUUUCCGGGAAACGUGAACACAUACACGAAGGUUUUAAUACGUUUAUUCGGUAGUAACAUCCGAUGUACCUGGAGCUCACGAGUCAUGAAAGAGCAAUAUAAAUCGCCUGUCAUAUAUUAAACAGAAUUAAUAUAAAAAUGUUAUAAAUUUGAGAGUGCUUUAUUUUUUUAUACGUCGUGUAUGCAUAUCAGGUACGCCUUAGAAAAUAUUAACAAAUACUGAAUACUUAAAAUUUUUAAAUAUUACCGCAACGGGAACUACUAAGUAUAUAUCAGUAAAUAAAAAUGAGAAGUUUUUCCAUUACGUUUACCGGUUCUACAGUUGAAGUGUCCAGGAGAUAGUUUAGUUUGUAUUCUAAGAACUUUUAAAAGAAGACGUCUAUAAUGUUUAUAUGGUUCUCAUUGGGUAAUCUAACUGUACGUGUCCUGCUCUUCCUAAGCUCAUUGCCUCUGUGUGACCACUACCUUCGUCCUCUCGACUUGUCCUCUCACGCUCUCGUACUAUGCCUAACUAUUGUUCUAUGUUAAUCUUAAUAUACACUUCCGUCGGGCGUCUGCUGCUGCGUCAAUUAUGUCUCGUAUAUAUAUCUGCUGCUCUAACGUUAAACUUUUGAACAUUUCGUUCAAAACCUUCUGAUUAUCCAACUUUACUGACCGCAUACAAUGAAAUAUAUUCGCUUAUAAAAUUGGUAGAGAUAUAUUUUAUUACAAUUUAUAUUACGUACAAACGUUGGUUGAAGAGAAUUUAUAAAUAUAUAUGUAUGUAUUCCGUCUGGAGUCGCGAAGCAAUCAACUGCCUUAAAAUGUGAAGUACACGUGUAUAUCGUCGCUGAACGCAGUUUGUAACCGCUUUAAUAUUAAAUAUUGAUACAUGUGUAAAGACGUGUUAAGUUUGGGACGAGAAUAGGUUGUAUUAGAUUAGAGGGUACACUAGGUACGCGUAGGGUAACUUCCUUACGAGACGGGACGGCGAGAAUCAAGACUGGGGUAAAAUGAAUUUGAUGGAUGUAUUGCAGUGCGGCUUAUGAUUUCCAAAAUAUUUUCAUAUAUUUUUGAUAGCAACAAUUAACAUAUCCUAUUAUUCAUCACGUUGUAACUAACUUUAACUGCGGGUUUGUUAUUAUUAUUAAUUGUUUUUUUUUAUUAAUGACAGCAUGAAUCCAAGUAAAGGACUGAAUCGCAUGUUGAACACGUCCUAAUGACCACGCCGUCUUACCACGAGUAAGCAUCGACAAACUAAACAGACAGAUUUCAAUCCUUAUUCACAUGUAAGACGUACAUAGAAAGGUUUAUAAGUAAAAAACAUGAAAGUGUCCGUCUUUAUUUUGUCGGUGUAAACUACUGGUAACGGCACGAUUAUAGGUAUAUCUGAUGCAUGUAAUCUGGCAUGUGCCUCGCUUGUAUGAACACAGAAUUAUGCUUCCUACCAGCACUCCGUAUUACAAAUUAUGCCUAGUUGCUCACAUGCUUUUUGUAUUAUAUGUGUUGAGAUUUCUUUAUAAACUGACCAUAUCACCUGCAACUUAUAUUACCAUCCGAAUAAUUACGUUCCUAUUAGAAUCUUCCUUGGGGUAAUUAUAAAUAAAAAAUAAUUUGUGUUCAAUGUCUGUGUGUGAAGAAUCACGUUAUGCUGUCUCUAGUAUGUGUGUUACUAGUGCAUGUGUCGCUGAUAAAUAAGUAAAUGAUAUUUGUAAGAUUUUUUUUUUUACGAAAUUAAGAAUAUAUCACUUUUUAAAUAAAUUUCGUUUUAUCAAAAUGUAUUCUUUAUGAUAAACAAUCGAAGCGUUGCUUUUGAUGUUGUUUUGCGUAAGAAGCAGCUAGUUCGUCACCAAAAUUUCUUCAGAUUUACUUUAUAUUAAAGUAAUAAGUUUCUAGAUUAAGAACGCCUUUAACGAGCACGUCCAUGGUAUAUGGCAGCGAGAUGGUAAUUAUUUUGCCAAUGUAUCUCUUUUAGUACUAAGUAUGUUACCGAUACAUUCUAUUGAUUAGCGAUAUUUUUCUAUUUAAGUAAUUCUAAGAAUAGUUUUAAGUUGGUUCGGGGGGAGUUUGAUUGUUUUAUUUUUUAAUACGUACGUCAAUGUACGUCAACCGCAGCUCGUGGGUUACUAUAUAACGUUACGUUAGUACGCAUAGGAUUUUUUUUUUUUGACAGCAAAAAGCAACUGUUGAUAUUGAUACGCUUUAAAUGUUAAAAAAUAAUAAAAAGUACAUAAAGUUACAUAACCUCAACUUGAAGGUGGCAAUCAUACUUUAUAUAUUUUAUUUUAAAGAAAUUUAAUUUUAAUAGUUUGAGGUAAGGAAUUUUUGUUUUAUUUAUUAAAGAGGUUUAUAAAUUUCACCAAAAAAAACAAACGAUCUGUUUUUACAAAAUCUGUGCAAUAUUAAUUCGUGUUUGAUCCGCAAAAUAGUUUGGACACAAAAGUUAUUUUGGAUAUUUACGAUUUUGUUCAUUUCGGUCAAAAUAACUGUAUUUCUCAUUGGAAAGUUGAUCGUAAUAACUAUUUUGCUGAUUUUUAUUUAGCAAUGUGUUCGUAUUACAAUAGUUAUAACCUGUUGUUGUGUUGUUGGAUAUCAUUCCCAUUAAAAUACAUUUUACACAAA